AUGGUUAAUAAUAAUAAAAGAAAAGAGAUUGAAAAUCAAGAAAAUGAUAAUGAUGAUGAUAAUGAUGGUUUAUUAACAUACAAAAAGUUUAAAGAAGAUAUUAAUUAUGAUUCAAUAAGAAGCAAAGAAUUACAAACAAUUGCAAACUCAUUAGGUUUACCAAUUAUUGGGAAAAAACAAGAAAUUUAUAAAAGAGUUGAAGGUUAUUUUUUAUCAAAAAAAUUUAAAAAUGAUUUAACAAAUAGUACAACCAAUCAACCUUAA